CAUUUAGUGGUAUUGCGAGUGAAUACUUCCUUUAGAAGUUUUAAUCAUCAUUCUUAAUACUCUUUAGUUUGUGUAGAAGUGUAAUAUAGUGUUAUUAUAAGAGUAUGACUUAAGAAAAUUGAAGACAAAGAAAUGUAAUGGCCAUAGACAUCAAAGAACACUAUCAACAGAUAAAACUAAUCUCGAGACAGUAAAGUAUAGGUACAAUUGGUUAUUUUAGUCUGCAGAUGAAUGCUUACUUAGGUAAGAAUGGAGGAAGCUCAGGAGAAUGUGAAUCAUGCGGCUGAAGUGGCUCGACAGGCCACUCACUUCGAUGCGAGUGGAAGUCACCAGGCAGCCAUAUACAUGUAUAGACAGGCAGCUGAGUACCUGCAGAGGGCCAUGACACUGGGGUUGUCGACACCAGCACUACAGGACCAUGCCAUGAAGUACAAAGACAGAGCUGAUCAACUAGAGAAUCUUGACAGUCAAUCCCUGUCAGCACAAAACAAGAUGGAAGGAGGCCAGAGUGAGUUGAGCCGUGCAAACUUCCUACUGUUGGAAGCAUUUGAGGAGGAUGAGGCUGGAAACAUGGAGGAAGCCAUCGAACACUACACCAAUGCUGUUCAGCUAUGCCUUGAGGCGAUGAAGACCAUAGACGAUCCAAAGAUGUCAGACAAGUUGAGGAAACUGGCAGAGCAAGCUUUGACCCGGGCUGAGGUCCUCAAGGCCCAGAGUUCACCUGAAGAGGAGCAAAAACCUAGCAUUGGAGAAGGAACAGGUGCUUCACUGUCAUCUGUAAGGCCAGCACAUCAACGGGUCUCCCCCACACGUGUCAUUCCUCCCCUUGGGAUAGGCAACUUGGUUAACUCUAGACCACAGCCUCAGGCAAAGCCUGGUCCUUCAAGUACAACUGGGUUGCAACUGUCUGGGAGUGCUGGCUACACAAAAGAGGAGCUGGAGGUUCUCAAAAGAACCUCAAACAUCAAUGGACGUGAUUAUGUCCCCUUCCUGGCAGUGGACCUCAAGGAAAAAUUUGCAUACUCUAUACCCUUUACUGACAAGGAUGGAGUUCUUGCACUUGCCCCAAAGCAAAAGAAGAAUUUUUUGCAGUGGGUGAGACCAGAGGACCUUUCCAGUGACCCCAAGAUGAUUGAGGUGGUUGACUGCUUCAGCAUCAAGCAGACAUGUGUGUCUGACUGCUCCUUUGUGGCUUCUGUUGCCAUCAGUGCCCUGUAUGAGAAGAGGUUUAAGAAGCGACUCAUUACAGAUAUUAUCUUCCCCAAAAACCGCAUUGGGGAUCCCGUCUACAACCCCUGUGGCAAGUACAUGAUUAAGCUGCACAUCAAUGGUAUCCCAAGAAAAGUUAUUGUAGAUGACAAGUUACCUCAAGGACAACAUGGUGAGCUGCUCUGCUCUUACUCAACUAACAAAAAUGAGUUCUGGAUCUCAUUGGUGGAGAAAGCCUACAUGAAGGUGAUGGGUGGCUAUGACUUCCCUGGCUCAAACAGCAACAUCGACCUCUAUGCCCUCACUGGCUGGAUCCCAGAAAGGGUAUCCAUCAAAGACAAGGAAUUUAACAAAGAUGCCACGUUCAGGAAAAUCAUCGAGCGUUUCCACAAAGGUGAUGUUCUAGUCACAGUGGCAACUGGAGAGAUGAGUGACGCGGAGGCGGACAGAGCAGGCCUCGUCCCCACGCACGCCUAUGCCAUGCUGGACAUUAAGGAAAUCAAGGGGAAACGUUUGCUGAUGUUGAAAAAUCCUUGGUCACAUCUCCGUUGGAAAGGCAAUUACUCAGAGAUGGACCAGGCACAUUGGACUCCAGAAAUGUGCAAGCUCCUCAACUAUGAUCCAAAAAGUGCACAGAUGUUUGAUAAUGGUGUCUUCUGGAUUGACUAUGAUAGCCUUUGUCAUUUUUAUGAUGUUAUAUACAUGAACUGGAACCCACAACUUUUCUCCUACACCUAUUGUACGCAUGAGACUUGGUCUGCUGGCACGGGCCCUGUACGUGACUUGUACAACAUAGGAGAAAAUCCCCAGUAUUCUCUAGAUGUGCAGUCUCCAGGUGGAACAGCUGUGUGGGUUCUGCUUACGCGACACAUCACAGAAAUAGAGGAUUUCCGCAACAACAAAGAGUACAUUACCCUCCUUGUGUAUAAGACUGGAGGAAAGAAAAUAUUUUACCCAUUUGACCCUGCACCCUUUAUUGAUGGUGUGCGAAUCAACAGUCCCCAUUACCUAUGCAAGAUGGUGCUGAAGGAACCAGGCUCUCACAAAUUCACUCUCGUCGUGUCACAGUAUGAGAAGCACCUGACAAUUCACUACUCAUUGCGGGUUUAUGCAACAUGUCCCUUUACCUUGCAAAAGAUUAAGAACUAUUGCAAACACAAGCAAGAGAUCACUGGCCGCUGGAGUGGAGCUAAUGCAGGGGGAUGCCCCAAUCACCCAGCAACAUACAAGAACAACCCAACAUAUCAGUUCAGGGUUGAACAUGAUAUGCAAACUCUCAGAAUCGAACUCAAGGCUCCAAAAGACAUACAGAUUGGUUUUGAGAUUGUAUGUGUGGAGGCAAAGAAUAUAGAAGCAAGUGGUUAUUUUGCAAAGAAGCAGACUGGAGCUUACAGAUCGGGCUUUGUGGUGUUGGAGGUUAUGGAUGUAGUGCCAGGGGUGUACAAUGUCACCCCUAGCACCUUCUAUCCCAACACAGAGGCUCCCUACUUCUUGAAUUUCUUCUCGUCAGCUCCAGUCAAAGUCAGCAAGUUGAAAUAGAGGAGUCGGGUGUAGUCGAGUCAAGUUUGUCAGUUGCCUCUCUUUUGACCACUUUAUGUGAAAUUAUAUAUUUGUAUUUUUUAGGGAGUGGGGGGGGGGGGUGGCAGGUAGAUUCUUCCAGUGUAUGAAAAAAAAAAAGUUGGAAAAUAAUUUUUUUUUUAUGGAAACUUAGGUGAAUAGGACACUGGAAAGUACUGCUAAAGUCAUAUUGAAUUAGACAUUUUGGAAACUUUAUUUUAUUAUUAUCUUUUUACACUGCCUGAUGAAUUUUUUACUUGAAUCAGAAAAUGAUGCUAUAGAAGUACAAGAUUUUUAUUGUUGUCAGUUUACAAUUCAAUCAUUUUUGAUAGUUAGAACAAAUAAGGUAUUAUUAUGAAUACAUGGAUGAUUCGGUCUUUGAAGAGAUGCAAUAAUUAUAAAUUUGGGAGUAUUCAUGUCUGCAGAUUUUGGAGAAGAAAGAAAAAUCAUUUAUAGAAUAGUCACAAAGUAUGUUGUGCAUUAAGAGACCAUCUUUUUUUAGAACAUGACAAAACCAACAGUUAAUUUGUGCUUCAGCUUAUAUUUGGGAGACGUGCUCAGAGUUGUGCUUAUUUAUUCAUUAAUGUUUAUUACAUUGUAAUUUGUAUUAUAGUUAUUUUUUUCUUCCUAUAGACAAGGUGGUCCAUAUGUUAAAUAAAGAUAGGAAAUUAUGUUUUAUGAUUUCUGUGAAACAAAGAUAAUGCUACACUCACACACUCACACACUCACAUACUCACACACACACACACACACACACACACACACACACACACACACACACACACACACACACACACACACACACACACACACACACACACACACACACACACGCACACACACUGUAUUUAUGCAGAUGUAUAUCUGUACCUGUAUAUAUAGAUAGAUAUACAAAGGCUAUAGAACAUAGAUAUUGCAUAAUGCAGUUUCAACCAUUUGCAAGAUUUUCAUACGAUAAUAAAUCAACAUUUUUCUCAGGUGCCACACAUAUUUAUAUCUGAUUAAUGGACUGUGAUGAUUAAUUCUCGGUGAUUUAAAUCCACUUGUCCACUGAAAUCCAAGACUGCCAAAAUUGCCAAGAUUUAAGCUGUGAAAUCAAGAACUGAUCAGAUGCUCAUCCAUGACACUCAUCAGAGGAUUAGAAAAUUUCUGCAUAUCAUAGCAGGCUUUGAGUUCUGUUCUACUGUUUUCUUUGGAACUAGAUCCUGUCAUCGAAGAGUAGUUUUAAAAACGUUAUUAAGUCUAGAUAUCAAAGAUUACAUUACGGUUAUUGCUGAUUAAAAUAAUGGCUACAGAUGCUACAGAAUUAGGUGAAGAAUUAUGGAGUGAAGAAUUAUGAAAACAUUUAUAAAUGUGUUCCCAAAGCAUAAGACUUGAUUAGCACUAGAUUUCCUGCUCAUAAGUCCAGGCAAUUGAUUUAGAUUCCAGUGACCAUGUGGUAUUUGAUAUUUAAUGGAACUUUAUAACUAUUGUUAAUUAAAACGUUUUCUAUGCAUAGUUAAUUUACAUCUACGAUUUUUUGUUCUUUUGCUAAUUGUUUAGGUGUUGAAUUGCUAAUUUUAAGUGAUAAUAAAUUGUAAAUAGUGAA